UCGCUAUCCUUCACCCCCAACUCCGUGACCGCCAACCCAGGAGACAUUGUUCAGUUCCAGUUCGCUGCCGUCAACCACUCCGUCACCCAGUCCCUCGAGGCCUCCCCCUGCCAGCCCGUCGACGCCACCAAUGGCGGCACCGUGAAUGGCGUGCACAGCGGCUUCAUCGUGUUUGACCAGGCCGCGGGCGACAGCGCCAUGGUUGGGACGUUUGAUGUGCCCGUCGCGGAUACGGAGCCUAUUUUUUUGUAUUGUGCGCAGGCCACGCACUGUCAGAGCGGGAUGGUUAUGGUGAUUAAUGGGUGA